AUGAUCUCUUAUAGAAAGAUAAUAGAAUAAUCACACUUAAGCUAAUACAUAUAAUAAUUUUAUAAAUCAAACAAUAUUUUUUUAUUAUUUUAUAUAUUCUUACAUCUUUUACUUUUAGAAAGGAGUUUUAAAUUCAGGUUAUUCAACUUAGCUUCCUUCAUAAGCAAAAACUUGUAAAGGAUAGGCUAUUCCUCCAUUCUAAAUGUAAGAUAUAUUAUUAAUGAAAGAUUAAUCAGAGCAAUUAGCAGAUAUUUCUUCAGAUGUCUUAAAAUCAGAAAUUUUGCUAUCAUCUCCAUAAUAUCUUACAUAAAAUACAUUUCUAAUGUAUUAUUCGUAGGUUUUUUCUAUGAUUUAAGAUUCCAUUUUAAUGAAUCCAAUCAACUCAAAGUCAUCUAAAUAUUUGCUAUACUUCUAUGA